UCUGUUCCGGCGGCCGGGUGUACUACCAUAGCCUCUAGGUAAUGGUCGUGAUAACACACUGAACUUCUGUUUUGGUAAAUGUGUAUCCUAUGGUUUGUAACAGAGGAGGAAUGUCUGAUAUUGGACCUAGAACUUUUUAAAACAUUUGAUGUAUACAUGAUGUUACACACAUGAUAGUCGUGGGUGGAUGUGAGUAUUCGGACUUUGGUAAAGGCGGGCUAUCAUCUGAAACUCUUGGACUCCUCAAUUUACUGUGACCGAUAUCAUGGAGUUACAGCAAUGCUCUCCUGGUACCGACGGACGCUCGGCAGGACAUUUGGUUGGACAAGUUAUUAGAAUAUCGCAGGUGACCUGGUGAUCAUCUAUGUAACUCCAGAGAGGUUGUAUCACUACGGAGCAGAGCUAUGGCAGACGACGUCAAUCUCCAAUUGAGCGAAGCUGUAAUAUCUGGAGAUAUAUCCGAAGUUAGAAGACUUUUAGAAGAAGGUGCAGACCCAAACAAGUCAGAUGCUUUGUACGGAGCAGCUAUAAGUGGUCACACAGACACUGUUCAGAUACUCCUGGAUAGAGGAGCCGAUGUAAAUCAGUCAUGUGCUUUGCCCGGAGCAGCUUGGAAGGGUCACAAAGACAUCAUUAAGAUACUCCUGGAUAGAGGAGCCGAUAUAAAUAAGUCCUAUCCUUUGAUUCGAGCAGCAUCAGAAGGACAUAGGGACACAGUUAGACUACUCUUGGAUAACGGAGCUGAUUGGAAUCAGCUGGAUGUUUUGAGGGAUGCAAUAGAAAGUGGCCAACCAGAUACUUUUGAUAAAAUGGUGUACUGGGAUCUAAAUCAGGAACGGAUUGCCAAGAUCAAAGAGGAAUUAUCGAAAUCAUCGAAGUCAGACGUUCAAGACCCAUUGCCUGAACAGACAUGGAAAGAACAACUAGAGCAGCAGGAGCAGUUUACGGCGGGACUAGGUGAGAGUGUUGAAACCCCCUGUAAUAUCAAUAUCGCUGUAGUUGGUCACAAAGGAGUUGGGAAAUCCUGUUUCAUCAAACAAAUCAGACAGGAAUAUAUUCCGGAAGGUGGGCCUCAAUCGACGGAUAUCGCUGAUUCAUAUGGAAGCUAUUUAGCCUACAAUCCGAACACCGGUUACCGAAAGAAACUUGAUGAAAAUGGGGAAGAAGAGACCCACCGCCGACGACUGAAACGGAUCAUAGAUUUAUACCAAAAAUUUGAAACGACUGGUAAAGAACCGUCUCCAUUGCCCUCCGAACUAUCAACUCAGCCAUCGGCUUCAUCAACCACGACGAAACUACUGGGUGUUCAACGAAAAAGAAAAUCGCAUAAGCAUCCUUCUCGUUCAAAGUACGCUAAGCUCAUGAAUUUAUCUUCUGAACAAAGAAACAUUAUCAAGGAGAUAAUGCAAACUAAAACAGAUGAAGGUGAUGAGCAGAUGACAGGCUUCAUCAAAAUCUUUGAAGUUGGAGGAGACAAAGUGUUCCAUAAUACACAUCGCUGUUUCAUGUCAAGCAAUAUGGUCUUCGUCCUGGUGUUUGACGUGGCGAUGUGUCUAGAUCCUGUCAGGUCCAAGGAUGGCUACGAAAGUAUCGAAACCUGGUUGAAGUAUAUUGCUACCUAUGCUAUUGAACAGGAAGCCUGUGGUGAAAGGACGCCUCCCGUAAUCCUGGUGGGAUCUCACCUGGAUGUAGUUUCUCAAAAUAAACAAAAACAGGAAGAAGCAUUCGGUGCAGUGCUGGGAAAACUGUACGAGAACCCUCAACUGAGCAAAAUAAUGGAAAAUCACGUGCAGGAAAUGUAUGCCAUAGCCCACCUAAAUGAGUCUGGAAAGAAUCAAGACCUAUACGAAGAGGUGUGGAAGAAAAUGACAGAGAUUGCACCUCUUCAAUCUCGGUGGAAGAAACCUGAACCUGCAAGGUGGCUCGCCCUGGAACAUCAGCUGGUGAAACAGAAGAAUGCAGGGGGUGUCAUUCUUACGUUUGAAGAAUUGUUGGAAAUGAACAACAAGUCAGCAAUUCCAUUGACCGAACAUGAGCUCAUGGAUUGUCUUAGGUAUUUGACAUUUGCUGGAUGUUUUCUCUGCUUUGAUUUUCAAAGCAAGAGACCUUUUGUAGUCUUAAGACCUCAAUUGAUAAUAAACGCGUUCAAAGCUAUUAUCACAGUUCCACAGUUCACGGACGGCUUAUCGACGAAGCUUAAACUUAUGUGGACAAAAUAUGAGAGUACUGGUGUUCUAACACUCGACUUGAUCCGGCAACUUUGGGAACGAAACGACGACAAAAGCUUCCUUGCAAACACAAAAACGCUCUUAGUCAUCAUGGAAACACUUUACUUGUUCGUAAAUCCAUUGCAAAAUAAUUCAAAUGACGAGGUUGAUUACUUUAUAGUGCCAAGUAUGCUCCGAACGGCGGAUCCAGAGAUAAUUCAACCAGUACUUGAUGACCCUCAAACUGUCACCACUGUCACUCUAUGCCUCAAGUUCGACAACCCAUUUAUCUCACAAGCCGUGUGGGACAAGAUGAUUGCUACCUGCAUACAUAGGUUCCCGCGACUAAAUGAGCGCGGCCAUGACGGUUCAAAGUUUAUCCAACGCGGAUUUGUCUGUCUAUCUGUAGACUUUCUGUGGAAUGUUAUCAUCAACUGCAGCGAAAAUGUCAUGAAGAUUACAAUGUUCAAGAAGGAUACGGAUAAAUCAGUACCAGCAGGAGCUGGAGUUGACCUACGCAGCAUUCUAGAAAUCUAUAUCAAUGAGAUUUUGGAAUUGCAUCACCAAAGUCAUCUCAAGUACCAGUUCUACCUCCACAACGACUACUCCUUCUCAUCCGAUGACAAGAUGGUGAAAGUAGACGAUAUCCGAAGGACCCUACACCUGCAAUGCCACAGUUCUACUCAGAGUCGAUGGCUAGACAGAGAGGACAUUGAAGUCUGGUUCAAAAUCCCAGGCCAGAAUAGGAAGCAGACCAAUGAUGACAGGAAACAGGAUUUACCGGAUAGAAAUUUGUCCGUUAAAGAAAUGGGGCGAAUCUCCAGGUACAUCGGCAUUUCAUAUCAGACUUUCUUUAUCGAGCUGGGCUGCCCUUUUGUAGUCCUGGAACAGAAGAUGGCAGAGAACCGUGGAUUCUCUUUUAGAUCUCUUAUAACAAAGAUUUUUAUUCACCUUCUUAAAAUUGGGGCAGAUGUGGCAUUCCCAAGUGUCGCAGAUGCGAUGUCAGGACAUGGAUUAGAUCCAGAAACACUGUAUAGCAUCCUUGACGACAACAGGGAGACGUUGUUUGAUGACGACACAUUGUCAGAGACACGGUUACAGGAAUGCCUAACUGUAAAUGACGUUCCGGUCAUAGCUGUACACGUUAACGCCAAAGAUUACUUUAACCUAUUCCUUGAGCUCGGUUUUCUGCCAGAAAGAGUUGACGAGUUCUGCGUCAACUUCAGAAACUAUUCAAUUCUCAACCUAAUCACUGCCAUGGUUGAGGAGUUCAUUGAUAAAACCAAGCCAUGUCCAACUCUGAACACAGUUCUCCUUGCCAUGAUUGAAUGCGAUAUGGACACCAAUUCCCUCAUCAAAGCCUUAACUCAAACAAAGAUUGCCAAGAUCAAAGAUGAAUCAUCAAAGUCAGACGUCCAAGACCCAUUGCCUGAACAGACAAGGAAAGUUAAAAAAGAACAAAUGGAGCAACAGCAGAAACAAUUCACGGCGGGAAUAGCUGAGAGUGUUGAAACCCCCUGUAAUAUUACCAUCACUGUUGUUGGGCACAAAGGAGUUGGGAAAUCAUGUUUUGUCAAGCAAAUCAAACAAGAAAAUAUUCCAGAAGGCAGACCGGACUCGACGGAUACCGCUGAUGUAUACGUAAACUAUUUAGCCUUCAAUCCGGAGACCAGAUUCCGAAAAAAACUUGAUGAAAAUGGGGAAAUAGAAUUUAGUCGUGAACGACUGAAACGGAUCAUAGAUCUUUACCGAAAACGAGAAAAGACCGAUAAAGAAUCAUGUUCAAGUACGCCAGGCCUACCGGAGCAGAAUGAUCAGAAGCAAACAGAACUUUUGACAAAACAAGAAAACAUGGCUGUAUCCACGUCAUCACGUGAAACGCCAUCGCCAUUACCAUCCGUUACAUCAUCUGCUUCAUCAUCCUCAACGAAAACAGAGGUUCAAUUGAAAAGAACAUCACAUGCGAAUCCUUCCCCUUCAGAGGGAAUUAAGCAUGUUAAGCUAUCUUCUGAACAAAUAAGCCUUAUAGAGGAGAUAAUGCACACUGAAACAGAGGGAAAAGAUGAGCAGAUGAAGGGGUUCAUCACAAUCUAUGACUUCGGAGGAGAGAAAGUGUUCUACAACACCCAUCACUGUUUAAUGUCAAGCAAUAUGGUCUACAUCCUGGUGUUCGACGUGUCGAUGUGUCUAGAUCCUGUCAGGUCCAAGGAUGGCUACGAAAGGAUCGAAAACUGGCUGAGGUCUAUUGCUACCUUUGCUAUUGACGAAGAAUCUAGAGGUAAAGAGACGCCUCCCGUUAUAAUGGUGGGAUCCUUUCUGGAUGUCGUUUCUCGUAAUAAAAAAGAACAGGAAGAAGCAUUUGGUGCAGUGAUGAACAAACUGUGUGCCAACCCUCAACUGGAAGAAAUAAUGAAAACUCACGUACAUGAAAUGUAUCCUAUUGCCCACCUGAAUGAUUCUGGAAAGAAUGAAGAGAAAUACGAGUUGAUGUGGGAAAAGAUUAUUGAGAUUGCACGGUUUCAAUCUCAGUGGGAGAAACCGGUACCUGCAAGAUAUCUUGCAUUGGAACACCUGCUGGUGAAACGUAAGAAUGAGGGGGACAUUAUUCUUACCUAUGAAGAAUUGUUUGACAUCAACAAAAAGUCACCAGUUCCACUGCCGAAAAAUGAUAUCCAGGAUUUCCUUAGGUAUCUGAGAUUUGCCGGGACUUUCCUCUGUUUCGGCCUUAAGAGCAAUAGACCGGUCAUCGUUCUGCGACCGCAGUGGCUAAUUGACGCAUUCAAAGCCAUAAUCACGGAUCCCAAUUUCACGUUCGACCUGUCUGUCAAGCUAACAGUAGAGUGGACACUAUAUCAGAAGUCCGGUAAAAUAACAAUUGACUUCAUCCGUCAACUUUGGGGACGCCAUAAGGACAGCGAUUUCCUUUCAAAAGAGACAAUGCUAUGCGAUGUCAUGGAAUCACUUGGUCUGCUUGCAAAGCCAUUUCUAGAUAAUUCGAAUGACUCGAAUGACAAGGUUGAAUACUUCAUCGUGCCCAGUAUGCUCCAAACGGCGGAUCCUGGCAUUAUUCAAGAAGUACUUGAUGUCCCUGACACUGUCACCACUGUCACCCUUUGCCUCAAGUUCAACAACCCAUUCAUCCCACAAGCCGUGUGGGACAAGAUGAUUGCUACCUGCAUACAUAGGUUCUCGCGACUAAAUGAGCGCGGCCAUGACGGUUCAAGGUUCAUCCAACGCGGAUUUGUCUGUCUAGCUGUAGACGUUUUGUGGAACAUGAUCGUCAACUGCAGCGAAAAUGUCAUGAAGAUUACAAUGUUCAAGAAUAAUACGGAUAAAUCAGUACCAACAGGAACUGGAGUUACCCUACUCAGUAUUCUGGAAUUUCAUGUCAAAAGGAUUUUGGAGUUGAAUCACCAAAGUCAUCUCAAGUACCAACUCUACCUCCACAAUGACUAUCGCUUCACAGCCGAUGACAAGAUGGUGAAGGUCGACGAUCUCCGACGGGUCUCAAGCCUAAAAUGCUACAGUUCAAAUGGGAGUCGAUGGCUGGGAAAAGAGGAUCUCCACAUCUGGUUCAAAUGUCCAGAUAAGAAGAAUUCAGAGAACGAGACUGAAAGAAAAGAAAAACAUGCUAGAAUGAUCGAGGAACUGUCGGGUUGGAUAGCUCCACGUUUACCUCAUAACUGGAACAUUUUCCAGACACGUAUGGAAUGCUAUUUGAGUGACGGAGACGUGUAUGGUACUGAUGUUAACUGUUUAAACGAUAUAUGUAGGGCACUGAUACGUGAUGGAACGAUUGGUUAUGGAAAGUAUGACAAGCUACGGUCUGUGGCAGUGGAAAUACAUGUCGAGGCUGCAAAAGUCAUCGAUGACGCUUCGUUAGAGAUUAACGAUAUCAAGGAUGAGUAGAGAAUUUUCCGGAAAUUCCUAAACAAAAGUUUUUCCUCAGAAACGCGUCUUGGGGCACACGCAUAUUGGAAAUAUCAGUGUACAUUGGUAGAGUGUGAAUAUAGACACUUGAUUGACUUUACCUCAAAUAUACAAAAUAUGUUAAAAUCUACACAUGUAGAUAAACGCUAGGGACGCCAAGCAAGUGGCAAACGGCAAAUUAUUGGAAUAUCAUAUAAGGGAUGGAUGGUUUUCGGUUUGGUCAUCAGCCAAUCUGUGAUAUGUCAACGCCUACAUAGAAGCGUGUGAUAAUAUCUGAUUGGAAUGAACCAGAUUCAAAACUCCUAUCCGUAAAGUCGCCUCUAACGUCUGUUGAAAAAUGUUUCUCUGUUGACUUCAAAACAGACUCGUUUUUCCUGUGUUCAUUCUGUAUACGGCGAUGUAGUAUCGGAAAGAGGAUGGUGAAAAUCGCACAGUGAUCAAACCGAGACCAACAUAAACAACUUGUGAUGUAUAGAUAUCUUCUCCGGACCUGAAGACUGUUAACAUUGAUGUACAACAAGAAAUGCAGACAGAAAUGAAUCAUUGAAGAUUGUUCUAUGUUUUGGACAAUCUUAACGGACAAGUAUCUAUUACAGGAAGAAUAGAAUUUUGCUCGCGAACCAUUUUAAUCAAAUCCGAGUGAGACAAUCAUCAAGAGGUACGUUUAGAAAAAAAAAAUAAAAAGGGGCCUGUGCUGCGGCCUACUUAGUGUGCCUUUCAGAGGUGUAUAAUAUUUAUCUAAAUAAUGUUGUAAGCUGUGAAAUGAUCGUAUACAUUUCAAAUGUAUGUAUAAGUGUUAGGGGUAUACCGUUAUAUGUUCUUAGGUAUAUUAGCAUCACUUAUCCAUCUUUAGAUACUAACUUACUUACUGUGACAUGUAUUUCUUGUUCGAUAUAUUGCCUUAUGCAUAAUCACAUACAUGUACAUGUAUAAGAGAUUUUUUAAGAGAUGGCUCCUACAAUUUUGCUAUGAAGAUGUGUUAGGCAUGCCUAUGGGCAUUUUACUAUAUUCGUCCCAAUUCUAGAAGUUGCUUUUUAUCCGUCGUCGUGCUUCGACCUCUUUUCCAUAAGCCGGGAUCGUGAUAUUCGGCCCUUGUCAUGAUGGAAUGAAGGGCUAAAGAUGUGUUCCUGAUAAAUGGAAGAUGGGCCUUAUACAACCCUAUCACUAAACCAUCAACUUACCCUAGACGUCCACUUGCAUACCGUGGAAUAACUUUACUAUCUACUCCGUACAAGAUUUAUUGUGACAUCCUUAAUAUUCGCCUCACAAAGUGGUUAGAGGUUAACGACCUUAUUGCAGACGGGCAAAAUGGUUUCCGUCGAAACAGGAGCUGUCGAGAUCACAGGUACACUUUAUAUACUAUUAUCAACAAUCGUUAACUAUCCAAACUUCCAACACACGCUUGUUUUAUAGAUUUUGAAAGGGCUUUCGACACGGUGGAUCGCAACCUUUUAUGGAUAAAACUACAACGUCUUGGAGUAAACGGUUUAAUGUUUAAAGCUAUACAGUUCCUAUAUGAUGACGUAAAUUGUUGUGUUAAGGUGAACAAUCACCAUACUGACUUGUUCAACGUUGGGAUCGGCCUAAAACAGGGAUGUUUAGCUUCGCCAACGAUGUUUUCUACAUAUAUAAAUGAUCUGAUUAAAGGAUAACGUCAGUAUGAUAAUGGUGGGAAGCGCGUGUGAAGAAAAUCGCGAGUAAAUUAAAUAUAUUACAUAUAUUUAAAGGGACAAUUUAGCCAAGUUUGUUUACUUUUUUUAUAAUUUCACUGAUUAUGUCAUGAAACUGUACUUCUGUACUCCUUAUGAAUUAGCCUCAGCCAGAUAUUGAUACAAACUUAAGCUUUCCAUGCCUUUUUUUAAAUUAAUUGUAAGUGUUAUGUAUAUAGUUAUAUGGGUGUGAGGAGAUUACACAUUACAGUCUAAGGGAGAUAAUAAAACUCCAGUAUGUAUCGGAGUUAUUCCCCCUUUUGUAAAUCUCUUGUGAUAAAAGAUUAUAAUUGUUAGAAUACAGAAAGAUUUGGAACAGAAAAGACGUGUUUAUUUUCAUUGCCUAACCUAUAAUAUCUGGAAUGUAAAUCAGCGAGUCCCCAACCAACCUCACAGUUCACUACAUGGUGGAGAAUCGAAAGCCUGGUUAGGCUAACUGACGACAAUAUGUAACUUUUUUUUAUUGUGUAUUCGCCGGUGUGGCCGGCGAGUCAGCCUCGGCUCGUCGGCCAGACAUCAAACAUCAUCACGCCAUGUGCUUUUUUUGGCGGGAAGUUGAACAGUGAUUGUUUAUUGGACUUCUCUGAAGAAGAAAUAUAAUUUGAUGAAGUUUCCUGUGUUUUGAUAUUGAUAUAGAUCUAAUGAAGAACAUUUUAUUGUGAAUAUCUUCUUUGAUUCGUUGUUUCAGAAACGUGUUAUAUAUGUUUCUGGUUAUUUGAUGACUUUUGUCAAUUCCAAUUGGAUUGUGCGUUGUUGAGACGUAACUCUGAUUAAACGAUGACGUCAUCGUCAAUUGAAUAAAGCCGGCACUUCUUACAGUUUUCAUUUACAUAGGAAAGGAGUUCCUUCAUCGCAAUGUUAUAUUUUCGUAAUUGAACUUCGUACAUAUAGUUAUCCAGUAUCCUGUCACUGACGUCGACACCCGUGUACACAUGUGUAUCCAUCACUCAUCAGCCAGUCGAACCACGUGGACGAUGAACUAAACUUUUCCAACUCAUGCGGGGGAUAACGGAAUUAUCAUUGUUUCAUUUGUUUGACAGUUUAAUUAAUACCUGUUCCAGUCCAACAACUUGUUUUGAGAUCCAGUUACUCCACUUCAUACAGAAUAUUAGUACUAACAGUGACUUUUCUGCAAAAUUUAACAGCGAAGUCAUGACGUGAAUUUGAAGAAACUGAACAAUAUCAUUAUGACAAAUAUUUACCUUUUAUCUAGCCCUUGAUUUACAAUGUUUUAGUACCCAUUCCUAUGUAUUAAUUACAUUGCACAACAUCAUUGUUUUCCAAAUGUUCAUGAGUAUUUUCUCAGAAAAAUUAUAUCGGAAAUAUACUAUUCAAUUAAGAGCGAAAUCUCUACUGAUAUUACUGUGAAUAACUUGUGAUGUUUGGUUUACAUUUUUAAAGGAUGAGCAUAUAAUCAAUAAGUAUAUCAACUGUAUUAUGUUGUUAAAUGGAUUUCGAGUAGUAUUAUAUGGUACAUUGUAAUGUUUUUUGAACUUUGGUGAUUUGAUGCUGGUAGUAUUUGGUGAUAAUUGGUAUUGUAUGAUGUUGUGAUUAUUUAUGAACCAUAAGGCCACGCCGAGGUAUUUUUCAGCACGUAUAUAAAGCUACGAUAAGGCUGAUAUGGAUAAAUAUAAGGCUGACAGCUGGUUGAUAUUGUAGAUUAUUUAAAUGUUGUAAGUUUUAUUAUGGUCAAUUUCUCUAUAACUUUAAAUCACAUGGUCGCAUGACGCAACAUGUUGAUGCUGUAAUGUUAUGCAGUUAGUGGAGUAUUGCCAGAACAAACUAAAUUGAUGUUAUAUGUACCUGUAUGUAUUGUUUUCAUUAUAUAAUCUUGAGCUUGAUAAAAUGUCCCAAAACUUUAUCCAAUUUAAGAUGUACUUGUUAACAUAACAAAAAAUAUGUUACUGAUUAUUUUUAACUUUCCCAAAGUGUGAUGUUAUAAAGUAUAGAGUGAUAAUUUGACAAAUUGUUCCGACAAUGAAUCGGAGUGUGAAAGUACACUUGAUGCUUGGCCAGCUCAGGUACUUAUGUAAUUUUGGUCUGCAGUAAUUUCUCACUUUUCUCAUUUUACCACUAUAUUUUGAUCCUUCACUUCAUUAACUUUAAAGUGAUUUAUUAUUUCUUGAUAAUAUUCGGUUAACCUCUUUACUCGUUUUUUUUAUUGUAAUCUUCCACACCCAUAGUAAAAUUGUGUAUCCCCAAUUUUAAUUUUGUAGGCGGGGAUGUUAUGUAUAUAGUUAUAUGGGUGUGAGGAGAUUACACAUUACAGUCUAAGGGAGAUAAUAAAACUCCAGUAUGUAUCGGAGUUAUUCCCCCUUUUGUAAAUCUCUUGUGAUAAAAGAUUAUAAUUGUUAGAAUACAGAAAGAUUUGGAACAGGAAA